UAUUUAUUCUUUCAGCUGUGACUUGUGAGUUCCACUCAUAAAAACCACCGCGUUAAAUAAGCAGCAUCACAUGAAACUUCCCCGUGUGUAAGACGUGCCCAACAAAAAAAGAAACCGAACUUCAGUUUCAGAUUAAAAAAGCACCCAAAAAUCAACUCAAAACCGAUCUUCAAAAAUAAAUGAUCAAUCUCCAAAUCUCAAAUGCAAAACCCCACUUUCUCCUCAACCCCCCACUUUCUCACCCACCAAAUUCUUGAAUUCUUCUCCUAAAGCUACUCCAUUUUUCCUUUUCCCGCAAACGUUACGCAACAAGUAUAUAAAGCCCUUUCACACAACAGUUUUUUUUUUGCAGAAGAAGGGACGAUGGGCAAUAGAGAUCUGGAGAGAGGGGCGGCUCAAAAGAGCAGAAAUCAGAGCUACUAUGCGGGGGCAGGGUAUGAUAUGGAGUAUUCGGACAGCCAGUGGACUUCUUGGCUUGUGCCUAUGAUUGUUGUAGCUAAUGUUGCCAUGUUUGUGGUGGUCAUGUUUGUCAACAACUGUCCAAGGAAUUAUAAUGGGUUUCAAGGUUCUUGUGUGGCUAGGUUUCUUGGGAGGUUCUCUUUUCAGCCCCUUAGGGAAAACCCUCUGUUUGGCCCUUCUUCCUCAACACUGGACAAACUGGGAGCUCUUGAAUGGAACAAGAUAGUGCAUGGGAAUCAAGCAUGGAGGCUCAUAACUUGCAUUUGGCUUCAUGCUGGUGUUAUUCAUCUGCUUGCAAACAUGCUUAGCUUGGUGUUCAUUGGAAUUCGUCUCGAGCAGCAAUUUGGAUUUUUACGAGUAGGAGCGAUAUACUUAUUGUCCGGAAUUGGUGGAAGCAUACUGUCUUGUUUAUUCAUUCAGAGGAAUAUAUCAGUUGGAGCUUCUGGUGCUCUGUUUGGACUUCUUGGGGCAAUGUUAUCUGAGUUGCUUACAAACUGGACAAUUUAUACUAAUAAGAUUGCGGCUUUGUUUACAUUACUGGUCAUAAUCGCAAUCAACUUGGCAGUUGGAAUUCUUCCACAUGUGGACAAUUUUGCCCACAUUGGAGGUUUUUUGACUGGUUUUCUCCUCGGCUUUAUAUUACUCGUUCGGCCUCAGUUUGGUUGGUUGGAAGGCAGACACCGUCAGACAAAUGCUCGUCUGACGUCAAAGUACUCAAUUUGCCAAUACGUUUUAUUGAUUGCUGCCGCCAUUUUAGUGGUCAUUGGGUUCACGGUUGGACUUGUGAUGCUGUUCAGGGGAGAAAAUGCGAACGAUAGGUGCAGUUGGUGCCAUUAUCUGAGUUGUGUGCCUACAUCAAGAUGGAGCUGUAACAAUUGAUUUAGGGUUUCUCAACUCUCAAGAUUCUGUUUGAUAAUUUUUUGGCAGCUCUCUUAUAUGUUAUUUUGGAACUACAUUAUUCUUGUUGUUUAUAUAUUUUAGCUGUUCAUAUGCUUUCUUAUGUACAUUUAUAUUAUACGCGGUUGAUCUUGUAUUUUAUCCGUUACCGGACAUAACCUUUAAUGAUUCUAUUAUUUUAUUGUACAAACUUUGGUUUCUUUUUUCUUCAAUGUUGGCUUGAGAUAAGAUUGAUUCCUUUCGAGUAUCAUUGAG